AUGUUAUGGAAUCAGCCACAAGCCGUUCAUGGCGUUGAAGAAGCGGAUGUACCGCAAUUUACCAUUACCGGUUACCAGACCGAAGACCGUGUGGUGAGCACGGCUACAGGAUCUUAUCAGCGGCUGUCGCUAGUGUUCCAACUACAACGUUCUGUUGGCUAUUUCAUCUUUCAAACAUAUCUACCUUGUGUUUUGAUCGUAAUGCUCUCAUGGGUCUCUUUCUGGAUCAAUCACGAGGCAACCAGUGCCCGUGUGGCACUGGGCAUCACCACUGUGCUCACUAUGACAACGAUCUCUACAGGUGUACGCCAGUCACUGCCUCGAAUCAGUUAUGUGAAAAGCAUCGAUGUGUAUCUGGUAGGUGAUCUGUCGUUUUUGGUCUCGUAUUACGCCUGCUUUGCUGGAGUACGCCGGCUCUUAACUACUCGUAUUGGCGGACGUACGAUCCGUGGUGGUGGUGAAGAAGGGUGGCCAGUAUGCAAUGCUAAUAAGGACGACCGUGAAAGCGCUGUCAACAUAAAGGAGUGGGGCGUACCAACCAGUCUGAUCAAUGAACUCAGGCAGUCCACUUCCGAUCCACGCACACACGAUUUGAAUUCGAGCGGUGUUGGUGGAGAUGCUCCUGUACCUCUUUCUUCUGCCACAAGAAAAAAGCGGCAGUCAAGUCCGAUACCGUCCCUUUGCCCAUCUGGACCAAAUGGCAUCGACGACGGUGACGACUCACCAGAAUAUCCCCGAUAUGCCUCAACCGUUCAGGGAAUGAGGGCUAGACCAUCCCUAUCUGCCAGGACGAGACAACGACUUCGCUCGACAAGGAUGAGGGCGCAGAGUAUGUCAGUGUCGCUGCAUCGGAUGGGCGUACGAGCUCGAAAAGCGCUGCCACGUGUUCGAAUCCGAGAUGUGAACGUGAUUGAUAAGUAUUCGCGGACCGUCUUUCCGAUUUGUUUCGUGAUUUUCAACGUUUUCUACUGGGGUUACUAUUCCAUCAUACAGCUGUAA